UGGUCCCCUGGCAGCUGAGAUGUCAGAUCAUCAGAUGUUAGCUUGUUUCGGCUAACACCUGAAGUGUGAGUGACCGGGAAUAACAGAAACACGCAGAACACCGCAGAAUUGAACCAGAGGAAGCAAAGCAGCGACGUGCUGUGAUCUGCAGACAUGGGGGCUCUGAUAUCCCGCUGGAAGGCAAAGCCGACCACAGUGGAGCAGCUCGAGAGCAUAGACAAGGAGAUCCAAGAGCUGGAGGAGUUUAGAACCAAAAACCAACGGCUGCAAAAGCUGUGGAUCGGGCGGCUGCUUUUCUACUCGUCAGUCCUCUACCUGUUUACCUCUCUGGUUGUUUACCUUCUGUACCUGCCUGAACAAUGGCUGCAGAGACUGGCCAUGGCCCUGCCCUUCUUCUUAUACCCUGUGCUAGUUUGGCUCAUCAGGAAAUUAUUGAUUUUCCUCUUUUGCAAACGCACUGAGAGAAACAAUGAUAAACUAGAAGACCUAAAGGUUUCCAAGAAAAAGAUUCUCGAGGACGUGAUGGAAACUGAGACGUAUAAAAAUGCAAAAGUCAUCCUGGAGCGCUUUGAUCCAGAAGCGAAGAGGAAGGCUGAGCUGGAGUCGACCCCAGUGCGUCCGCAGAUGACUCCCAGGCCAGGACAAGAGAUUCGACAAAGAGGCGUGGCAAUGAGACCCAUGCCAAUGGGUAACCCAGGUCUCAUGACGAUGACGCCCCCACCCGGAGCACGGUCCCCAUUGGGACCCGGGGGCACACCUGUGGCUCCAGGAGGACCACCAGAGAGAUCUGCUUUGUCUGGCUCAGUCCUGCAUGGGGCACUACCAAGGACACCCUGCUCUCCCAUCCCGGGUGUAGGCAUGCACCCCCCAGGUCCUCCAUUAGCCAGACCGGUUCUACCCAGAGACAGAGGAGCUGUGGAUCGAGUCAUCGAGUACCUGGUGGGGGACGGACCUCAGAACAGAUACGCAUUGAUCUGCCAGCAGUGUUUCUCUCAUAAUGGCAUGGCUUUAAAAGAGGAGUUUGAAUACCUGGCAUUCCGCUGUGUGUAUUGCUACUUCCUGAAUCCAGCCAGGAAGACACGUCCUCAGGCUCCGCGGCUUCCAGAGUUCAGCUACGAGAGGAAGCUGCGAGCUGAGACACGCUCCCCUGGACCAUCACCUCGUUCUGGGACGGACACAGAGGAGAGUGCGCCCCCCUCUGGAGUCGUUGAGAAAAGAGCAAGCAGAGCUAAAGCUCCGGCUCCGUGGAAUCUGGUCCACAGUUUCCAGAUCCAGCCGAGUCCAAAGAUCCCUCAGAGCCGACCUCUGCAGAGUCCAGAUGAGAAGGAGAUGGGAGAAGAUGAAGCAUCCGCUAAAGAAGAAGCACUGCGUGAGAGCCAAUCACAGGAGGAGCUGCAUCAGGAGGAGGAAGCCGUUCAUGAGGAGGAAGAGGAGGAGGAGGAGGUGGAGGAAAUGGAGGCGGCACAGGGGGAAGAGGGGGAAUCGAACCCGUGUCACAGCCCCCCCUCUGUGGCAGAAUCUCAGCCAUCAUAGCUGCAGAGUCCAGACAAUAACCAGGGGUGUGUGAUCCCCUGUUGAGACAAAGGUUGAUUGUAGUUUUUAUCUUAAGGCUUUUUCUUGAUAAAGAAGGUUUCUAGUUUUGCUCAACAUUUGGUUACGAGGUGAUGAACCGAAUUAGUUUUAACAUUCACACAGGAUUUUAUUAGUUGGCUGCUUUAAGAUGUGAGAUAAAAAUGCUUGUUCACAAAGGGUCUGUCUUCAGAUGCUCAAAUCUAAAGGCCUCACACUUAUUUUGGUCGUUUUACUUUUUGUCUCCACUGGUUUGGUUUCUGCAUAUUUUACAAAGUAUUAUUGUUUCUUUUCACACGGAUCACAUGAGUUGUUUUGAUGGUUUUGUUGGUGCUUUUGAAGACAAACUUUUAGUAAGCAGAACGUCACUGUUUGUGUUUACACCAGUAAGUGUUUGUUUCCACUCAUAGUUUUAGUCUCUCGAACUUUUAUCGUAAUGCUGAAACACUGAGGAAAACUUUGAUUUAUUUUUGCGUGUGCUUUUCAUGACGUUUGAGCAAAUUGUCUCAGACAGGAAGUAAAUGGCUAUACGAACAAAAACUCCCCCGACCAGAGUUGGUGCAUUGAAACAAUAUUUGCACUCAGAUGCUUUGUUGCAGUUUUUGGCCCAAAUAAUGGAAGAGACAACACUUACAUCUCAAGUGAAAGGAAGAAACAAACCAGAUAAACCAGAGUCUGGUUGUUGUGUUUUUCUCCGUGUUUACAUUCUAUUGCUGGAUUUUUAUAAAAGACCAACGGCAAAUGUUUUUGCUGUGCUCCACACAAUAACUGAACUCAGAUCAGCCCCUGGUGGCAGGAGAGAGGACAUGUAUCUCGGGUGGAGACGCUUGUACGUUUGGUUUCUCUUCUGAUCGCUCGUUGCAUCGUCCAGGAGAGAGACAUGUCGACUAUUCAGGUUUUGAAAAUGAACUAUUCCACUUUUAGUUUAUUCUAAUCGAUUUUGUAGUUGAUUUUCUUUGCGACGGGGACUGAGCUGACUUUUUACCUUGAGGAUUUUAUUUGGGUUUUUGAGCAACAGUAAAACAGCUGAAAAACACAUAAAAUUGUCACCACUACUGCUGAUUUAUCUACGUCUCAUUAUAAUUUUUGCCAAAUGCACAGCUGUCUUAUAUGAAUUUGACAUAAUUUGCACUGAAUUUCUCUUUGUAUUUAUUCGGCCGUAUUUUGUUCCGGUUUUUCUCCAAUGUUUGAAACAUGUCAGAUGUAUCUAACACAAGUAUUUUGGUAUCUGCCUGGUUUGGGUUGUGUCACCUCACGUUGCUGAUGACAAGUGUGUGUGUUGAAAUAUUUAUUCUUUGUGCGUUCAUUAAUUUGCUUGUUUUAAAUGUGCCAUCCGACUGCUGGUGCCUUGGUUGCUGCUCGUAUAUUCUUUUUCUCACAGUGUAAUCUGUCCAAUGUCAACAUUCAAAUAAGAAGCGACGAGAACUAGUGACAACAGUUUAUUCUUGUUAUUAACGCAACACAAUAUAUUAAUUGCUGUCGGGUUUCCACACAGAUCAAAGACUGUGGAGGUGACUCACAUUUUCCUUCUUUUCAUUCUCCGGUUUCUAAUUUGGUCACUUUCUCUUUUCCUCGUCUUCGACGCCUCUGACAAAGAGUUAGCCUUUUCUCACAGCUAGCGGCUAACACUGUGUUACUUUGAAUAGUUCAAAUGUAAAUAUGUUGUAUCACCUGUGUCGUCUCGUCACAAACGCAGGUUUAACAAGCAAAAUAUUUCUUGUGGGUCAAACAGCUGACACAUAGAAUUUUCUUUGAGUGUGUUGCUCAUUAGUUGUUGAUCUCAGCGAACCCUGAAUCAUUGUGCUCAACUUUGCUGGGACGGCUUGUACGAGCAGAAGGUUUAAAUCUAGAGGAGAGACGAUGAAGCUCAUCCGUCCCCAUAGCUGGACAUUUAGUUACCUCAUUAUUUCCCUGCUUGAAGCAGCUGAUGUUUCCUGAAGUUGUUGCAUCACGGUGCCUGUCCCAUGUUACUGAUUUGUGUUUAACUGGUACUUCUCUGCCAAUGCUGGUUGUCUAUUAUACGCAUGGCACGUCUAAUAAAGUUUUUUAAGCAACCAAAGAA